GGUUUUCGGGAAGAAACCAGUAUAAAAGAUGGUCCAUUGGUCACCACCGACAGACAGCCUCUUUCCUCAGCUGGAUCACAAUGAAUGCUCUGACAUUAUUUUCUUUUGCGGCGGCUGUUGCUUGCUGUGGUUCAUCUGUGGCAUAUCCGGGUGUGUAUGGUACUUACCCAGACCUGUACCCAGGGAUCGUACCUCAGGCAGCUUCACACUUACCAGUAGCUCAUGGUGCACUGGCGUAUAACCACUUGGGCUAUCCCAGAUACACUGCUGGAUACAACACCAUCCCUUAUGCCCCAAUUCAAACCCAGUAUCAUGCCCAAGACGAACUCGGUCAGUACUCCUUUGGGUAUGCCGGUGGUCCUUCUGCCCGCAAUGAGCAUCGAGAUGCUUUUGGCGUCGUUAGGGGAUCCUACAAUUACAUCGACUCCGAGGGAAAGGUCCAAACCCAGCACUACGUAGCUGAUGCCCUUGGCUUCCGCGUCUCUGGCACCAACCUGCCUGUGGCUCCCGGUGCCCCAGAAGCUGCCCCUUUGGCUUUACCCAGACCGCUGCCAGCACCCGUUACAGAUACUCCAGAAGUAGCUGCUGCUAAAACUGCCCAUCAGGCAGCUUAUGAUGAAGCAGCUGCUGCCGCAGAAGCUGCCCCUGAUCGUAAGAAGCGCUCUGUUUUAGCUGCUCCUUUUCCGACCUCUUACUCUUCACUUCGUCGUUUCUCCUACGGAUUCUCUGCUCCUGUGACAUACGGGCACCCUGCCCUGUAUGGCCUUGGCCAUACCUGGGGCCCAUAUGUCCAUGCUGCUCAUACUUAUGCCCCAUACCCAGCAGUCCCUGCUGUUGUCGAGGAAGCUGAAGACGCAGAGACUCCAAGUGCUACCAAGCUCCUGAAGGUGGUGGACAUCCCCAGGCGGGCUGUUCCAUACAGCUUUUACUGAAAUCUGCCUACUUCAGGGCGCUCUGUCCAAGGUCUGUUAAGAAAUCUGUGGGCCAAGUGACGUAGAGCACCUGCGCCAACAACUGUGUUUGCAACGUCCUACUGCAAAGGAUUUUGUUAACCUUGAUGGUAUUGGUGUUGACGCACUGUAUGUAAUGUAGAGAGCUAUUCAUGCCAAAUGUGAUCCUAAUGCAAAUAUAUA